CCAGCGACCCGGUCGCAUAAGAUUUCCUUCCCUAAUGGAACUGCAGCUCCAGAUCAACUACCUGACCGCCCAUCACGCCCUCCUCUCGCGCGGCAACGUACGAUGGCAGCGACGCGGCGUGUGCUAGUGCUCUGCCGCCUCUCGCCGGCCUCCCUCGCCGGCCUCGCCGCCCGCUUCAGCCUCCUCGACCGCCACGCCUCGCCGCUCUCCAUGGAAGCCUUCCUCGCCGCCGCGGCUGCCGACGUCGACCCACCGCGCCUGGCCCUCGUCCCGGGCGUUGGCGUCCGCGUCGACGCGGCUUUCCUGGACGCCGUCCCGUCGCUGCGCUGCGUGGUGACCGUCAGUGCAGGCCUGAACCACGUCGACCUCCCCGAGUGCGCGCGCCGCGGCGUCGCCGUGGCCAACGCGGCCGGGGUCUACUCCUCGGACGUCGCCGAUCACGCCGUCGGCCUGCUCAUCGACGUGCUCCGCCGCGUAUCGGUCGCCGACAGGUACGUGCGGCGGGGGCUCUGCCCGGAGCGCGGCGACUUCCUCCCUCUCGGGUCCAGGCUCCGCGGGAAGCGCGUGGGCGUCGUCGGCCUCGGCAGCAUCGGGUCGGCGGUCGCGAGGAGGCUGGAGGUGUUCGGCUGCGUCGUCUCCUACCACUCCCGCGGACGGAAACACGACGUCUCCUACUGCUACCACCCCGCGGUGCGCGACCUCGCGGCGUGCUCCGACGUGCUGGUCGUCGCGUGCGCGCUGACGGCCGAGACCCGGCACGUCGUGGACAGGCGCGUGCUGGACGCGCUGGGGAGCGGCGGCGUGGUGGUGAACGUGGCGCGCGGCCCGAACGUGGACGAGGCGGAGCUGGUGAGGGCGCUCGCGGAGGGCAGGCUCGCGGGCGCCGGGCUGGACGUGUUCGAGGGCGAGCCCGACGUGCCGGCGGAGAUGCUGGCCAUGGACAACGUCGUGCUGACGCCUCAUCGGGCCGCGUUCACCCCGGAGUCCAUAGCCGACCUCGACCGCCUCGUCGCCGGCAACCUGGAGGCCUUCUUCGCCGGCGCACCGCUGCUUACGCCGGUCGUCGUCUCCGACUGAGCACAAAGAAUGUCGAUCGUGACUGGCCGCGAGCUCUUCACAAAGAAAUAAAAACUGGCAUUGAUUAGUCCACCACCAACCGAUGUCUGCUGGUGGCUUUGUCCCUCCAAAGCAGCAUGUACGAUGAGACCAUGCAGAAAUCUAAACGGUGACGCUAAAUCUCAGUCGAGAAGCCUCAGUUAACGUGUCAGCCCUAUGAUUAUUACUUGCUUUAAGAUUCGUGUUGAAGAGUUGGUUGUUUUGUUUUCAGCCUGCUAAGGAGAGUGUCCAGCCGGAUUCUCUGUUUGUCUGUGUCUUCCGUUGUUUGAGCCGUUUUUUGUUUUCGCGUUGUGACUUUGUCGUGCAGGUCUUUCUCAUUUUGUUUUAUUUUUUUUCAGGUCG